AAUAAAUAAAAGGCCCCUCUUCUUCAGUCCAGGGUACAGGACGCUGGGAGAACUGCCCCCUCAGACAAGAGCUACUGGCUGACAGGGAAGCGACUGCUCAGCAGCCCAGGAUCUCCAGCUGCUUCAGUGGGAAGAGAGCAAGACAAAGCGAGAGACACAGCGUGAGAGGUUCCUCCUUGCACUCACACGAUGCGCACUCUCAUUGUCCUUACACUCCUGGCUCUCCUGGUGAUGGCUGCUACUUGCUAUGAGUCCCACGAGAGCAUGGAAUCAUAUGAGUAUUUCCAGCCCUUCAUCAACAGGAGAAAGGCCAAUGGCUUCAUACAACCUGAUAUGAGACUACUAGCCAUCUCUCAGGAGAGAAUCAGGGAACGUAGCAAGCUCCCCCAGGAACAACAGAGAGAGGUGUGCGAGGACUAUUACCCCUGUGAACGCUACGCCUAUCGCCAUGGCUAUGAUGCUGCUUACAGGCACUAUUUUGCGAGGAGGAGGACUAAGUAAAGGAAGACUUGUCUCUACCCUGUCUCUACCCAGGGCCUGGAGCCCUAGGUAUCCUCCCAGAAAAAGCAAUGGCUCUGAAAUAUAUUCAAUUGCUUAUUUCUCUGUAUGUUAAUCUGCCUGCUGCUUCACUCCCAUGUAGCCAUGGAUUCCUGCAUUCUGUGUUGAUUACUGCUGAGCUGACAUAGCAGAGAUCAGAGAGAGUUCAGGAUGUGGGGUGUUUGCUGCACAAUAAAUUGCUGGUUUGAUACUA